AUGGCGUUGUCGUUGUCCUCACAACCACUCAACGGGUUACCAAUCGAGCUACUCACCUUCAUUAUCGAUGGCCUCGACCGUGUCGAAGAUAUCGCAGCCCUCUCCCUGACGAACCGACGCCUGUACAGCACCGCGAACCCCCACCUUUACAAGCGCGCCGCGCUAAUGCGACGAUGCCGCGUGCACUGGCCUGGGCCGGCCAAUCGCGGCUUGGUGUCCACACUGAAGAUGGCCCUCGAUGAGUGGGAGAGGGUCACCGACGAAGCCCGCGCCGAUGCGACGGCAGGCCGAUCCAAGGCACCGUGGGCCAUGUGGGACUUCAACAACCGACCAAGAGCCACCAACCUCGACAAAUGGUCCUCCUCCCCGGAUCCCGCCAUCGAGAGCGACCACGCCGACACCCCCGGCGGCAGCACCUCUACCAUUGCCCCCUCACCCCGGGCGCAAAGCACCUCGGACCAAGAUUCCGUCGUCUCGUCCGAAGAAGACCUCUCGCGGCGCAGCGACGCGACCCCGGCUACCGAACCGUCGCCCACACCCACCCCACACCACCCCCUAACACGCCGGUACUAUGCCAUACACCUCGCCGCGCGGGGCGGUCACGACGACAUGCUCGAUAUUCUAAUCAGCAACGGCGCAACCGUCAACGUCACGUCUGAGCGCUUCUGCGCCUGCACCCCACUCUACGGCCUCCUCAACACGCUCGAGAGUCCCAAGCCCGAUCCCGACCUCCCUCUUCUUCUUGCGCCGCCGCCACCACUAUCACCGACCUUGGGUUGGGCGCCACCGCCCUGCACCACGCCGCCGCCAUGGGCCUCUCCGGCCUUUCCACGCACCUCCUCACCACCGCCACCGUCCCCGACAUCAAGCACCCAAGACACCUACACCCUGACGCCCUUCUACCACGCCUACGCCCACCGCCGCUGGGCCACCACCAUCCCGACCCUCCUCGCCCUCGGCGCCGACAUCCACUGCGAAGUCAAGAUGUACAUCCCCUACACCACCAUUACCCCGCUCGGCGAAGCCUGCCGCCUGGGGGACUUCGACGCCGCCGACCGACUCCUCUCCCUCGGCGCGGACGCCAUGCGCGGGUUCGUGGCCGUCGCCGCGGGCGGGUGUCUGACGCCGCUGCACAUGUGCUGCAUGCGGUCGGCGAAGAAGGCCGGGGCGGGGGGCGGGCCGCCGGUGGGGCCCGGGGGCGCUGGGGGCGUGAGGCCGGGAGACGAGGAUGAUGAUGAGGCGAGGGGGAGGGCGAGGAUGCGGACGAUUAGGGCGCUCAUUGAGAAGGGGGCGAGGCUGGAUGCGCAGGACUGUUUUGGGGAUACGCCGCUUUCGGCGGCGGAGAAGGCGCGGAAUACCUUUGCUUUGGAGGCGUUGGCGAGGUUGAGUAUUACGGGGGAUGGUGGGGGGAGUGAGUGGGGUGGGGAGGAAGGGGGUAAGGGUGUGGAUGGAGAGGUUGUGGGGGUUGUGAAGGUUGUUGAGGGAGGAGGCGGUGUGGAGGGGACUGUGGUGGGUAGCGCUGUGAGUGCAUCGUAA